AUGCUUCUAGUCCAGAUAAGAAAGUUAGAUCCACUUCCAAAAAAGUAUAGAUAUCUUAGGAAGGCUGUAAGGACAAGAAUAAGAAAGAGCAAGAGGAAGGAGAAGGCGGAGACCUGUCACACCCCUAUCUUUCCAACAUCUUUUGUGCCACCACAAAAUGAAGAAGAUGAGGUGGUAGAUACAAAGCCGGCUGUAUUCAGUGCUCAGGAAGAUGAUCCUGACCUUCCCAGUGAGGACAGGUUACAGAGUCAGCAGGAUGAGGGCGCCUGUGUGAUGCAUCAGGAGUGUCAGAUCCAGCCCCGUGAGCUCUCAGUGUCCCAGGAGCCUAGGCCGUCUUCUCCUGCAGUGACAUCCUUGGCAUCAUCACCAUUCUGCUUUGGUCGCUUCCUAAGCUGUGUCUCUCAGACCUUCUUGAGGUCUAGAAAGUGCCAGGCCCCCAGAAGAGAGGACACAAAGCAUGCUGAGGCAAGAGGCGAUGCUAAGGCUCUAAGACCUGCCCUGUUGAGAUGUCUGGGCAGAAACAGGGUGCAGCCUCAUGAAAGCCGGCAGCAAGUUGAUGCCAAGAUGGCUUCUCCCUGUGUUUAG